GAGUGAGGUGGCAGUCUUUUUUUCCACAUAGACGAAUGCAAAGCAAGCAAGCAAGCAGGAGUUGAACUUGGAGGGAAAGGAGUGGUGCGAUGGCGUGUGAACGACUUCUGAACGGAUCAUCCGGGAUUUUUUAAAAGUCUCCGUUGUUUCCACAAGCGUUCAGAGACAACUUGUUCCGAUUUAAGUGCACGUCUCUGCAGAGGAAUAGCAACAAAGAACGGGAGCGCGCAUUCAUGGGACGCGACUUUGACAGGUCUCGGUGUCGUCGCUUGUAACUUUUUCUUACUGCCAACCAGCAAGGAAUAUCAUGGCCGAGGCUGCUCUCCCCGACGCCUUGCCGCAGCUCGACGUGGCCAUCGACCCAGAUUUCGAGCCCCAGCAGCGGCCCAGAUCUUGCACCUGGCCGCUACCGCGUCCGGACUCUAGCACCGUGAAACCGGAGAGCAAUGAUAUCAUCCCGGAGGAAGAGGAUGACGAAGAGGACGGUGCUCACCAGCAUAUGGUGGUCGGAGUGAACGCUUCUGGUGUGGUGACAGACGACCAGAGCAGCAGCAGCCCGCUAGCCGACGGCGCGCUCUCCUCUCCCGGGCAAGAGAGCGGAGGCUCCCCGCACUCCUCGCACUCUCCAUCGGCCACCUCAGGGGCGCUGACCCCGAGCGGCUUGGCCAUCCAGCAGACCCCGAGGAAGGCUUCGUCUCGCCGGAACGCAUGGGGGAACCUCUCCUACGCCGACCUUAUCACCAAAGCCAUCGAGAGCGCCCCGGAUAAGAGACUGACACUGUCGCAGAUUUACGACUGGAUGGUGAGAUCCAUUCCGUACUUUAAGGACAAAGGCGACAGCAACAGCUCGGCUGGAUGGAAGAACUCCAUCCGGCACAACCUUUCCCUCCACAGCCGUUUCAUCCGUGUCCAGAAUGAGGGGACGGGCAAGAGUUCCUGGUGGAUGAUCAACCCCGAUGGAGGAAAAGGUGGGAAAGCUCCUCGCCGCCGUGCAGUCUCCAUGGACAACAGCAACAAGUACACAAAGUCGGCACGCGGCCGUGCCGCCAAAAAGAAGGCUGCACUGCAAGCUGCGGCGGCCGCAGCGGGCGAAGGCGCCGGCGACAGUCCCUCUGGUCUGUCCAAGUGGCCGGGGAGCCCGACGUCACGUAGCAGUGAAGAGCUGGACGCCUGGACAGACUUCCGCUCCCGUACCAAUUCCAACGCCAGCACUCUGAGCGGCCGUCUUUCCCCCAUCCUGGCCAACCCGGAGUUAGACGAAGUUCCCGACGAUGAGCCCCCUCUCUCGCCUAUGCUCUAUGCCAGUCCUGGUAGAGCUUUGUCUCCCGGGAAUGUGGCGAACGCACCUAACGGGAAAGCCGUGCCCACGGAGCUGCCCCGUCUGGCCGACCUGGCUGGUACCAUGAACCUGAAUGACGGAAUCACGGAUGACAUGAUGGAUGAACUGCUGGAUAACAUCAACUUGGUGCCAACCACUCCGGUACAAGUCCCUUCAAAUGGGUCCUCAGGGUUCGGAUUUGUCCCCAAAACCAACGGGCUGGUCUCCCCAUCCUCCGCUUCGUCCCCCACAUCUAACACUUCAUCCAACAGCGGCGGUAACUACAGCAACUCCAUCUUCGGCCCCCACACGCCGGGCUCCUCCCUGCGUCCGUCCCCCAUGCAAACCAUCCAGGAGAACAAACAGACGUCCUUCUCAAGUGUCGGCACUUCUCGCUUCGGUAGCGUGACGCUACAAGACCUGCUCAACUCUGACAGCCACAGCCACAGCGACGUCAUGAUGACACAGUCGGACCCGCUGAUGUCCCAAGCCAGCGCCGCCGCUGUCGUUUCCCAGAACUCACGUCGCGGCCUGAUGCUUCGAAGCGAUCCCAUCAUGACGUUCGGAAGCACUGGAGGACUUCAAGGCAUCCAGGGGGAGAUGCACCAAAGCAACAAUCACAACCUGAGCUCCAUAAGGUCCACCAACAGAGGCCUGAAUUUAACCAAUGAAGUCAACACUCUGGCUAACGCCAAGCAGCAGCUCCUCCUUUCACCUUUGGGAGGAAAUGGCUCCUCCUCCAUGCAGAUUGACACCUCCAUAUUCUUGAACGGAGCGGUGAGCAGCAACGGGGGAGUCUGUCAGGAUCGCUUCCCCACGGAUCUGGACCUGGACAUGUUUAACGGCAGCCUGGAGUGCGACAUGGACUCCAUCAUCAGGAGCGAGCUGAUGGAUGCCGACGGCCUGGACUUUAACUUUGACUCUCUGGCUAACAUGAACGGAGUUGGCGGCUUCACCAGCACCAAGCAGGCUUCUCAGAGCUGGGUACCCGGUUGAGGGGCAGGUCUGAACUGUGUGUUACAAGAGUACAACAAUCCAGACACGCACCCUUUUAUUUGCCAAAACCAGCCAUCAGCACAUCAAAUACCAACCUUGUGUUUACAGAGGAAGACUUCUCGAGAGCUUUAACGCUUGCUCCCACGCCUCCUCUCCUCCCCCCUCGCCAAUGAAACGGGAAGACUUCUUGGAAAAGCCUCCUGUGAAACAACAAUAACAGAAAAAAAGUGGUGGAAUUAUGCAAGUGUCCUCUGCGGCUGUGAAAAAGACAUCAGAUGAGACUACAAAGACUGAUGAUGACAACAAAUGGCUGCACGGCGUGCUUGGCGACGAGUGGUGGAAAGCGCUUCCUGUGCGAGGGGGCGGGGGCGUAAUAGUGUAUUUACCUCUGUGAUUUUAAAUGUUCAGUGUUUUUUUUUUCUUUUCCUGGUCUACAAUUGCUUCUACAUGGAAAUAAAUUAGUGAUGUUGUCCACUUGUUCUUCUUAAAAAAAAAAAAAAAAAAAAAGGCUUGAAUUUAAGACACUUUGAGUGCUACGUGUCAAACGCCGAAAAGAAAAAAAGUCAUUUGUGGGUGUUUGUACAGUAUAAGAAGGAUUAAUUUGGGGGGAGGGGGGGCGUUCACAGCAUAUAAUGUAGCGAAAAGGGGGCGUGAACAUUUCGGCAGCAUUACAGGUGCUAUGUAAACAGUGUUGAAUUUGUCCUUUUGUGCGCCCUUCGCCUGCAAGAAACCUACAGCCACUCGGAGCAGGGCGAGGCCGACCAUGUGCACAGAACGGGGGGGUUGGGGGGUUUGGGUUCCUCCAGAAGCCAUUUAUUUCUCCAUGAAACAAUAAGCUGUUCUCUUCUUCUGUAUGUUGCCAAAUGACUUGAAUCAAGCAGUAGGAUAUGCUGGCAGCCAAAAUCACAGCACUCGUAUGCACAUAACAUCAGUACAUAGAAAUAUAUAUCAAUACCAGGGAUCCGUGUUGUCAUCAGCUUAGGGGGCUUUUUAUGCGUAACGUAGAAACACUCAGGUCGGGUGACGUAUUCUAAGGGUGUUUUCAUUCAAGUAAACAUUUCCUUGAUUAAAUGUAACCGUGAUGCUUUGUGAACUUGUAACCUGUGAACUUCUUGGCCGUCAAGAUGAAGGGGAAGGAAGAUACUUCCCUCCCUGCCUCCCUCCCUUUUUUUUAAAUUAAAAACAUUAUGGGGGGGGGGGGCUAUGAAGGAGUAUUACAGCCACACUGAAAAAUAGAAAUAUUAUGGAGCCAUGAUUGGUUGAUUUGUAUGUCUGUAGGAAUUUUGACAUCCACUUGGCUUUAUUCUUUUUUUUUUUUACCCCCUCCUGCUUACUAUGUAGUACUUUUUCAUUGUUAAAAAUAUAUAUAUAUAUUUCUUGAAAAACACUUUUCCCAUUCAUACUUGGAAAUUUUUUUUGAAAAUUCUCCAAAUUAAUUUUAUUCUUUGACGAAUACAGCUAUUUAAGUCUGUUUGAGUUAAUUCUCAUAAUUACUCAAAGCUACUGCAAUUUAAAAUUUUGAUGUCAUUCUUGCAAAAAAUAAAAAAAAUUGUAAAACUAAAUAUAAAAAUUCAAAUAGGAUCACUUAAAAAAAUUCUCAAAGAUACAACUUUAUUUAUAAAAUUCCAAUUUUUUCCUCAAAAUAAAUGGACUAUAUUUUUCCAAAAAACAAAUUUCCACUUUCUGUGACUGUGAUUUAAGUGACUUUAUUCUUGCAAGAUGACCAUUUUUUUCCAUGGCAAAAUAUAUAUAAAGCCCCCCGAAAAAUGACUGUUGAUGCACCGUCUACUUUAUUCUUGCAAGAUUACCCCCCCACCCCCCCAAACACAUACACAAAAAACCCUCCAUUCUUCCAAGAGUAUGUUUUUUCCUAAAAAAAAAAAAAACAACCUAAAACUAAAAACUAUUCACAUUCUUAGGAUUUUAAAGAAAAAAAAAACUAAAAAUAAUUGAUUAAUUUUGCAGGUUUACAACUUAUCUAAAAAUAUUUUAAACAAGCCAUACUAUUCUUGUAAGAUCACAACUAAAAAAGUUGCAAAAGACUAUUUUUGCAAGAUUAAGACUUUUGUCUUAAAAAAACAAGAUUUCAUCUUUUUCCCCCCAAAGCUUCCCCCAAAAAUAUGACCUUGUUUUGGCAACAAAGACUUUUCUCCAAAAACUUGAGUGAUCUUUGAAGAUUUCAACUUUUUCCACCCAAAAUUGACUAUUUUUGCAAGAUUAAGACUUUUCUAUAAAGCGUUGACUGAUCCUUCGAGAUUUCAACUUUUUCCAAAAAUAUGACUUUGUUUUUGCAAGAUUAAGACAGUUCUCCAAAAAUCUUUCAAGAUUAUCUUUCAAAAAAAAAAUAUGGCUUUGUUUUGGCAAGAUUACAAGCUUUUCUUAAAAACCAGUUGAUUUUAAUAUUCUUUUUUUUAACGUGUGGCCCUACUACUCCUUCCUAUUCAUCCAAGGGCUCUCCUUUUGACGUCCUCGCACGACGUGCAGGCUACUUCCUGUGUGUUUAUUUACGUGAUCCCGCCCUUCUCCUCAGCUGUAAACAUGUAUGUAUUUAUGCAUUAUGACUUGUGUGAAAUGCAUUUACUCACUGUAUGUGGUCAUGAUAUGCCCUUGUAGUACUUGAUCCUUGAUACCUCGCAAAGUUGAAGAAAGGUUAUGUGUUGCAGGUAGAAGGGAACACAAAUGUAUCCUUGAAGCAGAUUGUGUAACCAUUGUUGUAGCAUCUGGAGGCCCUGGGGGGGGAGCGACAUGAAGGGUUUGACUCCGCUGGUGUAUAAUAGUGUACAGAAGUGUAUAUAUACAUUUAAAUCUAUAUCACUGAGGCCAAGGCAGAAAGAAGAGUGCACGUGCACAGAUGGUUUUUUGAAAGCUUUAGUGCACGACCAAGCUGGAACCACUCAAAUCUUCCGUUGGUGCCGUCCCUUGACAGGAAUUGUAACACAAAGAGGACACCUGUUAGCGCUCACACACCAUGUUUAUAUGUGCUGAAUCAGGGCUUGACAAAGCAGCACUCGAACCAUCCUCCCACUUUUUCAUGACCAUUAAAUGCGUCUGCGUCGUGGAGGAAAAACUGGUUCAGUGUCACUUUUGCCUUUUUUUUGUAAUCAAGCUAAACCGCGUUGAAGCGUUUUGAAUUGAACUACACUGACUGUACAAAAUGUACACGAGGCAAAUUUCAUUGUUUUACACUUUGUCGUCACAACCACUCAUACAACACGCAUCGAAAGCUGAAGAUACAAACCACUAAACGUUGUCAUCACCUCAUUUUCUUGUUAAAAAAAAGCCCUCUGACCUUUGAACUUUGUCCUGUAUUAUUAAUCUUUUCAACUUGAUGUUAGUGGGUAUUCCUCCUGUGUUGUCAUUUUUUGAACUGUAAUCUAGUUUGUAUAAGAAAUGGUGCGCAUGUAAAUAAAGCUUGGUCAGGCUCUGCAUACUCCA